GUGAUGGAACGACCGUUUUCGUCGCUAGCCAGUCAAGUGUUGCCGGUUCAAUCUCUGUCGAUAGCUUCUCUCCCUCACGACCACCACACCGCACUCUUCCUUCGAACUCUAUCGUACUGAUGGUGACGGUCAGAGGAGUGUGUAUGUGUGUGACUCCGUACGAGGGGGUAAGCAGUAAUAACACUAGCUUUUUUUUUUCGUGUGUCACAUACCCUGAUAGGCAGGAUUGUGUGUCCCCCGUCGCGAGUUACUCGAAGCGUGCGGUGUGUAACACGGUGCGAAUUUAAUUACCGAUAAUCCUUUCGGGUCGCAAUUGCUCUGCAACAGAGGCGUCGUGCGGACUGGAUUUGGUUGAAUCUGAAGAGGUCCUGUUGUUGGAAAUAUUCCUUGCUUGGGGGAACCGUGCUGUGAUUGAGUUUCCAAUUGGAACCGUGAAUGUUUUUGAAAGUUUAGUGGGAAACUCAGCGUAACAGUUUCACUCAGUAAGUUGAAGUAAUUUGAAACCCGAGAAGCGACGGGAAUUCGCUGUCAGACUACCACACAUUCUAAGUGAUGCAAUGCAGUAAAAUGGCUACAAUUAUGUCACACAAUCUGCCCUUGAUUCCGUUGCCGCUGAAGGCCACGACGGCGGCGGCUUUGGCGAAGACAACGGCCGGACUGAUGAUGUCCGGUUUGCUUGGAAAACAUUCGGGGGAGGAUCUGUAUACUAAUGGAGUUGUCGGAAUGCCGACGGAACGUAGCAGUCCGGAUGUGGCUAGUGAGGCCAGAUCGAGUCCUGAAUCAUUGAUGAUGAUGGCACGGCAGAAGGAGCGCGAUGACGAUCGCAUGAGUUGCUGCAGUGAUGAUAGUGAACUUUCCGUCGGGCAAGAAGGACUGAACGAAGGAGAAAAAACUAUGAACAGUAGUGAUAAACAGAACGUGCCGACUAGUGCGGGUUGUUCGAAAUUGGGGGGAGUAGACAUUGAAAAAUUAAUCGAUAGACACAGUUGUGAAGUGGCGGAGGAGAUGAGUAAUGAUUCUUCGAGAUAUUCUAGUUCCAAGGAACCACCGGAGGAUUUUAUGAAGAUUCCCGUUAUGAGACCCAGCCCGACGAGAUUGCACGAGGAGUUCCUAAGAAAUUCGCAAUUGUAUGCCGAAGAGUUGAUGCGACAACAAAUGCAGAUAGUGGCCGCGGCAAGAGGUCUGAAUCUGAGCCCUAAACCUUUGGAUUCUGCUUUGGGUUUGGUAACCCGGUUGCAAGACAAUCGUAGUCCCGGACGGGCGGCUAUUUUCGCCGAAGAGCAACGGAUAGGCUUCCGACCGCACAUUCGGGGCAUUGGUGAGUUGUAUCAGGAUCCGAACCGAUGGUCGGACGAAAGAAGUGUUCGAUCGCCUCCGGAAUCGAUGUCCUUUCGAGGAAUACACUCUCACUUGAGUGCAAUUUCUCAGAUAACACAAAACCUUAAUAGUGACAUUAGUAAGUUAGCUUCUCCAUCUAGUCUGAGCAGUAUGACCUCACGCGAAAGUUCACAGUCUCCACCCCAGGGCCCGGCCCAUUUGCUACAGUUGAACAACAACAUCGCGUUGAACGAUCAAAAUCUAAAGUUCAGUAUCGACAAUAUUCUGAAGGCCGAUUUUGGCCGCCGGAUUACGGAACCACUGAAACGAAGUGGUAGAAGUUUCUCGAAAAAGCCGUCGGCAGCGGUGGAAAAGCUAAACGCCGCAAUGGACCUCACAUCCAUGGAGAAACUUGGAUCCGGUUUGGUAGCUAAUGGCGCCAUGAGCGAUCUAACCGUCGGUGGUUCUUGUGCCAGUGUUGCCAGCAGAAGCUUUAAUAAUAGUAGUUCUAGUGCGAGUGGAAGUGAAAUCGAUGUGCCCGCGUCUCCGCAGUCCUCGACCGGUUCGAUUAAGACUGGUGGUGAGACCGGAAACAGUGAACGAUCUGGAAGCAGUGGUGGCGGUGGCGGAGGAGGAAGUGGAGGAGGUAGCGGACCGAUUGUUUGGCCCGCUUGGGUCUACUGUACCCGCUACAGCGAUCGUCCUAGUUCAGGUGAGUUGAUGAACCAUGUCUGUUGAGUGCCGAAUGGUCAC